AAAGACUUAAACGUCUCGACGACAAGGCGUUUUGUUCUUCUCUAGUGGAUCCGUGACUGUGCGAGUCUACAAUUAACCAACGGCCUGAGGAAGAAGACGACGGCGAAAGAUGAGUUCAUCAAUGGCUCUUCGAGAUUUGCAGAGAGACCUAGAGUCCAAGGCCAAUGAUCUCGCCAAAAUCCAGAAAGAUAUUGCGAAGGAUCACCAGCUGAGGAAGAAGUAUACGAUCCAACUCGGUGAGAACGAGCUCGUGCUUAAGGAGUUGGAUUUGCUAGAAGAGGAGGCAAACGUGUACAAGUUGAUUGGUCCAGUGCUUGUGAAGCAGGAUUUGGCAGAAGCUAAUGCUAAUGUUCGCAAACGUAUUGAGUACAUCUCUGCUGAACUGAAACGUGUUGAUGCAUCUAUCCAAGAUAAUGAAGGACAACAAAACAGCAAGAGAGAAGCAAUGAUGAAGUUACAACAACGGCUACAAUCUAUCCAGGCAGGAAAAGCAAAGGCUUGAUUUCACUUGUGCACGGCCCUGUCUUAGUGCUUUCAUAUUCAGUUAUUGAGUGUUCGUGUUGUUUCAGUUUUGUGGCGAGAUGUUUCUGUAUCCCUAGUCUUCUUUUUGUUGACAACGGCACUUGAAUGUGUGUAAAACUUAUACAAAUCUUGUCACCCUUUUUCAAGUUAUGAAUUUGGAGUUUUACACCAGUAUC